UCCGGUAAAAAAAAUAUUUAUUUGAUGCUCAAUCAAGUAAAAAUCGUCAAUUGAAGAGUAUUCCAGGAGCCCUAAGAUGUCGUUGCUGAAGCUCAGCGCUGCCUUUGGGCUUGUGUUGGUGUUAGCCGCACAGAUGGCUUUUACAAUGGACUUUUCCGCGAUGAAUUUCGCUCGCGACACGAUGAUGCAAUUUUCUAGAGGCACAGAACGAACGGUUCAGGUAUUGAAGCCAGAUCUGAAAACCGUAAAGAGAAAGAAAACGACAACGACAGGAUGGGGAAGGGGUAGAACCAGGCGAUUGAGACCCAAGACAAAGUCAACUACCAAACUAGUGUUUGUCCGUCAGACGAAAACCUACCGAGCUCGCUCAACCCCGUCCAAUGCUUUCUUGGAAGCUCUAACGACUAUAGAACGUGGCGUCGCAAAUGCAAAAGCCCAGAAAAGAAUCCGUUACUCAUCAGCAAAGCUUCAAAAGAUGAAGAAAACUAUCGAACUUGCAGUCCGCAACAGGCUGUUAACGUACGGUCGCCAUAAGCUUGGAGAAACGCUAUUCGUCAUCAAAGAGCACAAUUCUAGUCGUAUAUCAAGAUCAAGACGAUCGACCCAAAAUGAAGCCUCAGUUUUUAUCAACGACCUGAAGCGCACACUGGGCCAAGCUCAGUUCGACAAAUUCAUGGCUGUAAUGGGAGACGUGACACUCAUGUUUGCUAUCGAUACAACUGGGAGCAUGGCUGAUGAGAUUGACACAGCCAAACGUAUUGCAGUGGAUGUCAUAAACUAUCCACGAGAGAAUCCAGUGAAUUACAUCCUAUCGCCAUUCAGUGAUCCAACUACUGGACCAGUAACCUUCAAAGAAACCACCGAAGGUGCGCUGUUCGUAGAUGCCAUCAGUAAACUCAAAGCCAAAGGUGGUCGAGAUUGUCCCGAGCUAACAAUGAAGGGAAUCCUAGAUGCAAUGUAUGAGGGACCUGAUUGGGGAUCACCGCUGUACGUAUUUACCGAUGCUUCAGCCAAAGAUGCCACUCCAGAAAACAUCGCAGAAGUCAAAUCAAUGGCCAAGUAUUUGGGAGUUACAAUUAAUUUUUUCACAACAGGUCAAUGUAGCGGGUCAAGUGUGACGGACAGUCCUUUCAUGCAAAUAGCUGAAGCCACUUCCGGUCAAAUGCUCAGUCUCACCAGUACGACAGAGCUAAAAAAUCUCAACGGCUUUACCGGAAGUGUUCUUGGAGGAUCCAAUAUCAUCAGCUCUGGGUCAAAUAUUUCCAACCGCAAGAAGCGAGCAGCUUUGACAGCUAGUAGGUACAGCAUYAAGAUUGAUGACUCGAUAGGCAAGAUGUCUAUCUGUGUCACCACMGACCGUCCAAACCAAGGAGCAGCAAUCUCUCUGACAGAUUCUCAAGGAGUGACGAUUACAUCCGGGAAAGUCUCCAUGUCCAAGGUUUCGAUCUAUGAGAUUGCUAGUCCCAGAGUAGGGACCUGGACCCUAGUCAUUCCUCCAAGUGCUGGACUGCAUAAUUACUUUGUCAAGUCCACUAGUGACUCCAACAUCGACUUUGAAUACUACUUUUUGAGGACAAUUAGAAGACCUCCCUCUGAAGUCCCGAUACCAGAGCCACUGUUGGGGCGACCAAGUAAACUGGUCUUGACAGUAGCCGGUGCCGAGAAAAUCCGUAAGAACUCAGUUGUUUUAGAACUGAUCACAAAGUAUGGCAAACACAUCCAAGACAUCCAACUGACGCCUGACAGCAGAGGAGUGCGCUAUACAGCAACCUUCACCCCACCCUCCCGACCCUUCAAGCUAAAGAUCAAAGGUACCACAAAUAGUGGCAACCAGUUUGAGCGAGUCUCUCGUAACAUCGUAGAACCCAAGUCUAUUCAACUAAGAGUUUUACAUUCAAGCAAUGACUUUACUCUACGCAGAGGAACGAGCUCUACCGUCACAUUCCAUCUUUACAACGCUGCAAACGUAAACAAAGUGGUCAACAUACGAGUCAAAGAUCGUCUUGGAUAUGCCAGAGUUCAAGGGAAUGUUCGUACAGUUAGGAGAGGACGGGCAACCUUCUUUAGAAUAACCUUCACAACACCUGCUGGUGCUAAUAUCGGUACUAGUGAUACCGCUGUUGUAAGUCUUUCGGUUAAUAAUGGUGCUGAGAGACUAUCACAGCCUCUACAGCUCAUUGUAGUAGCGUAAAACUUCUUAAAACUUUUAUCCAUUACGAAAAACAUUGACCGAUUUGUUUCAGUAACAUUUAGUGGAUGGAAUCUUGUUCUUGUCAAUAAUAAUAAAGUACUUUGUUAUA